GUGCCAGAGAGGUCAGAGAGAUGAUUUCACCAUUUGUGCAUGUUUACAAAGGCUCCAUACUGCAAGAUAAGCUUCCCGGGCUAAGGAACUCGGUUGUUGUUUUACAGCCGACAGCCUUACAGCAGCGAUAUUCAAACAGAACUCGUAUGAUAAAAAAUCCAUUCAAAUAUGAAAGAAUAGAGGCUAAAGUGACCAUCCAUCCAUCCCUCUUGCUUAGUGAAGAAAGGUCUACGUUUUUUGAGGAAGAUGAGUAUGCAGCUGACUGGGAAAGCCUAAAGGAAAUUAAGUUGAAUCCUGAAGCUGGUGUGAAGGCAAGAUUUACUGUUGAUCUCAUUCGGCUUUGUCAAGCUAUGAAUGAAAGAGUUUUGGUGUUCAGUCAGUGGGUUGAUCCAUUGCACUUGAUGAGGGAGCUGCUCAGACGUCAGUUUCAUUGGGUGGAAGGAGAAGAGGUAAUAUAUAUGGAUGGAAAAUGUGAUGCAAAGCAACGCCAAUCCUCGAUGAGUUAUUUCAAUGAUCCAUCCACCAAAGCAAAGGUUAUGUUAGCUACAACCAAAGGCUGUAAUGAAGGAAUCAGUUUAGUUGGAGCUUCAAGGGUUGUACUGCUUGACGUUACAUGGAACCCGUCUGUCGAGAGGCAAGCAAUCUCCCGGGCAUAUCGUCUGGGACAGAAGAAAAUUGUGUCCAUCUACCAUCUCCUCAUGGCGGGAACAAGAGAAGAGGACAAAUACACCCGGCAAGUUGAGAAGCAUCGGUUGUCUGAAUUGGUGUUUUCUUGUUCGGAUACAGAAGCUGCCAAGAAGAUCCCACCUGCAGUUGCUGAGGACAAGAUUUUGGAAGAGAUGGUUCAGCACGAGAAACUUAAGCAUAUAUUUAUGAAGAUAACAUUACUGGAUGAAGCCUCAUAUUUGGAUGAAGAUUAUGAAUUCUAAAGCUUCUGCUACUUUGAGAAUGUGCAAGAGAUUGCAGGGGCGCUUACUUUUUUUGGAUCCUUCCCGGCCCGGAAGUUAGCUUCUGGUGACUAGCUUCUACCCGCUAGCGCUUGGAAUGGGAAGCAAGCUACAGCUACCUUCAAUGAAUGAAUGAAAAGAAAGGGUUCGAGGUUACGAAGUAAAAGGAAAGGGGAGGUCCUGAUUCCGGGACGGAGCCGUAUGACGCGAGUGUCACGUACGGUUUCUUUGAGAAGGGUGUGAUACCACCACCUAUCAGGCCCGACCUAACUUUAUGAGAGAGGGAUCAUCACUCUUCCUUCCAGCUGUUGUGAGGCGAAUGUUAGGUUCCUUUGAAGCUUCUAAACAAGUCCCCUCAGCAUGCUUUAAGUGAUGUGAGUAGC